CGUCGAGCCAGAUCUCGGCGACUGAGGCUUCCCGCUCGUCGGCCUACUUGAGCAGCGGCCUCCCGCCUUUUCCCUUCACGCACCCACAUCCACACAGCUCCAGCAAACAUGACCACGCCUCUCAAGUUCUUCAUCAUCGGCGGGCACGGCAAGGUUGCUCUCUCCCUGACCUCUCAGGCGCUUGCGCGCGGCCAUUCCGUCGUGUCGCAGAUCCGGCAGAAGGCGCACAUCAGCGACCUGCCCGAGGGCACGCAGCCGCUGGUGGAGAGCAUCGAGGAGACGGAGCAGGCACGCCUCAUGCAGCUCCUCGACGAGCACCAGCCCAACGUCGUCGUCUUCGCUGCCGGCGCCGGAGGCAAGGGCGGAGAGGAACGCACGUGGGCCGUCGAUCGCGAUGCGGCGAUCCGGGUCUUCGAUGCCCUAGAGCACUCCAAGCUCGCCAGCUCGGCCUCCUUCCGCCGCCUGCUCGUCGUCUCGGCCAUCGACGUGCGUGGCGCGGACAAGAGCGCGCCGGAGUGGUAUGGCGACAAGGACUUCGAGACGGCGAAGCGCAUGCGUGAUGUUCUGGGCACGUACAUGGCGGCAAAGCACGCCGCCGACGUCUCGCUCUCCACGCGCACGUCGUUCCCGUGGCUCGUGCUGCGUCCGUCUCGUCUGCUCGACGACCCCGGCACGGCGCGUGUCUCCCUCGCGGCACACACGACGAUCUCGGAGCCCGUGCGCCGCGAGGAUGUGGCGCAUACGCUGCUGCAGCUCGCAGAGCUCGAGAAGGGCAAGGGUGACGGCCAGAUGUGGAACUUAACGCAGGGAGAAACAGAGAUCGGAGCGGCGGUCAAGGAGGCGGCGGAGCGUAACAGGACGGACUGGGUCGGCUAGAGGCUGCUCGUCACCGCUGCGAGGCAAUGAGAUGCAUCGAGAUCGCAGGCUG